UUAGAUUAUUCAAUUUCAGUAUUGUGUUGAUCGAUCGAUCGAUCGAUCUAUCGAUCAUUCUCCCAUUAUUAAAAUAACAUGUACACCCCUCCCUUAUCAGUUAUCACUCAGUGACUACCACUGGAAUCUGCUGCUAUUCCUUUUACAUCUUUUCUCUUUGCUCUUUACUUGACUUCCUGUUUGGGAAGAAAAAGCAAAACAAAAAGAAAUUUUGAAUUCACACUCCAUUACACCCACCCAGUUUGUAAAUGCUGAGAAUUUGGUUGUGGGUUUUAUUCCUCCACAAAUAAUAGAAGGGAAUGAAUCAAUUCCAAGUCGCCUGGCUUCCCCCUCAAGUUUUCAUCUUUCUUCCGUUGCUUAUUUGACCACUUCCCUGGCCUCAAGUAAAAAGAAAAUCCAAAGAUUCCUAUUCUUCUCUUGAGCUGCUAAACUAAACAUACCCCUCCCUUUCCACAGUACUGAUGCUUUGGUAACUCGGCAUUUUCUUGGAUUAAUGUUUUCAACUGUUUCUGUUUGUUAUCAAGCCUCUCGUUGUUUCUUCUUCUGCUUCUUCUCUCUCUGAAGAGCAUUUUUCCCUCGUAGCUUGUUUGCAUCUGUAUUCUGAUGAAAAAUGGAAUCUUUGAGCAGGUUUUCAGAUUUUUCUUUUUAGGUCCUACUGACCGACUGACUGACCGAGAGCUCCAGGGCUUGAUAGACUUGUAUGCUUAUUAGUUUCCAUGGAGAAGAAGAGCAGUGUAUAUAUAGUAUUCGUGAAGCUUGUGUUUGUGUUGUCGUAUUGUGUGGAAUGCCAUGGUGCAACGAUAAAGCGAAUCCCGGCGGCGCCUCCGGCCUCAGAGCGGAGUCCAGAAUUUAGGGGCAAGUUACAAAGAGUUGUGUUGAGCAUCUUGUUGGGAAGCAUAACCGGAUUAGUUUGUGCUGUUGUUUGUGCUUGCCUUGUAAGAUGCGUGUUCAUAUAUAUGAAAAGAGUUCCUAUCCUCAAGGGCCCGGUUGUAUUUUCACCUGAAAUCUCUCCGAAGACCCUACAAUCAGCUGUAGCAAAUGAAAAUGAAAGCCAGGUGCUUGGUUCGAAUCCAAAUGGAAAAUACUAUAUGGCCGUACUCGACAAUGGGUUGAGAAUUGCAGUGAAGAAGGUUGAGCCUUUUGUAAUCGGGUCCGGGUCCGGGUCCCCAGAAGCUCAUAGACGGAUACAGAGGGAGCUGGAGAUACUGGCGAACUUGAGGCACAGGCAUUUGAUGAUGUUAAGGGCAUAUCUUUGUGAAUCUGUUAGGUUUUGUUUGAUUUAUGAUUACAUUCCGACGGGUAGCCUUGAGGAUGCCAUGAAGAGAGCAAGGGAAAAUGAGUUGCAACUUGGGUGGGAUGCCAGGCUACGAAUUGCAGUAGGCAUUAUCAAAGGCCUUCAGUAUCUUCAUUUUACUUGCACGCCUAGAAUCUUGCACUAUAACUUGAAGCCUUCAAAUGUGAUGUUAGAUGCUGACUUUGAACCCAGACUCGGGGAUUGUGGUUUGGCUAGGAUCAUGCACACUUUUGAUGGAAGGUCAUCAGCCUAUAAUGCCCCUGAAUCUUGGCCAAAUUUCAGUAUAUACACGGAGAAGAGUGACAUCUUCAGCUUUGGGGUGAUAUUGGGGAUUCUGUUAACAGGUAAAGAUCCAAGCGAUCCCUUGUUUGGGGAAGCUGCAACAAGUACAGGUAGUGGUGAUAUGGGGAUGUGGUUCAGACAGCUGCUUGAGAAUGGGGAUGAUGCUCGUGAAGCGCUUGAUAAGAGUCUCCUUGGAGAAGAAAUGGAGGAAGACGAGAUGUUGAUGGCUGUAAGAAUAGCUGCAGUUUGUCUCUCAGAUAUGCCUGCUGAUCGACCUUCCAGUGAUGAACUUGUUCCCAUGCUCACCCAACUCCACAGUUUUUGAAUUUUUGAUUUUUUUUGAUUUUUUUUGAUUUUUUUUUAUUUUUUAAAUUUGAUGCUAUCGCUCUCUGUACAUGGAAAGCAACCAAAAUGGCUUCCCCCUAAUGAUUUGUUUUUGUUCAUGCUACUUACUAGUGAUUCACGGGAGAUGUUGUAUGCAAUUCAAUUAUGGAUGGAUUGGUGGUGGUGCCUGUGUUAGGUUUUGCUUAUUUUCAUUACAUUUCAACUUUUCCUAUUCACACCAGAUUCUCUUUACCUUACAAUCAAAAGUCUGUCUGUGUCUUUUCUUGAUUGCUUUCUUGACC